CCUUGCCAAGUCUAGUCUGCCGCGCGGCGCUCUGUGCCUCCUCUCACGCGCGCGACGCGCCAUCGGUCGAGCGGAGGCGUCGCAAGACACUGCGCUGUUCACACGAAAACGCGCUAAAGCCCUGCGAGGCGUGCGCGCUCGAUAUCUAGACACCAGGGUCACCAAGGCGCCAGCCACUCUGCAGCCGCAGCGCACGCACAGAUCGCGCGGGACGACGAGCAGCCAUGGUCAAGCAGCGCCGAAGAAGCGCAGCAGCCGUCGGCUUCCAGAACAUUGAAGUGGUGCCCAGCGAAGCUUUGGAGACCGCCCUCCGAGAAAGACAACAAUUAUGCAAGCACGGCGAAGCCUGGGCCAGGAGAAUAGGCGCCUCUGAUGAUCCACAAAAACUGAAAGCGUUUACCGGAUUGUGGUGGGACCUGUCGCCCCAGAUGAGAAGUUGGGAAGUCCCGCCCGACGACGGCAGUAAGUGCCAGAAGUGCAAGAGGACGCAUCGAUUAGGUUUCUACCGCGGUAUCACCUAUAGGGAUAGAUGUGAAUGUAAUAAAGGUGGGCGGAAGAUCGCGGACGAGUGGAAGCUGCUGGGCUACGAGUGCUACAAGCGAGGGUUGAGAGAAAGGGAGUUAGUUGGUACUAGUACUACUGUGGUGCAGCGGAAGAAGUCGCAAUCUCCUAGACCUCGGGCGCCGUCGGGGCCCCUGCCGGACGUCGACUUGGGGGCUUGUGCUGGUUAUGUGAAGGGCGGUGCGGCUUCCGCGUCCGCAACGUGUAAGGACGCCGCCGUCGCGUCGACGGCGUAUCACCGGUCGCCUUCCGCGCAGGCAACGCCGACGACGCCGCGCCGGCCGCGCCGGCCUCGCCACCGAAGGAGGAGACCAAAACGGAACCGCAACCGGUGGCGAUCCAGCUGCCCCCGCCCCGUAAAUUGGCGCCGCGCGUGCCGACGCCCGACCCAAGUAAACCUUUCGCCGCGGGCGGCUUCCAGGCCUUCAAGAGGAAGUGGCAAGCUAAACAGCAGCAGCAGGCGCCUGCCGUCACGGUGUCGACAGGAGCGUUUGCGCCACCUAAAACACCGGAGGCGUCGUGGCCGACUCUUGAUGGUAAACCUGCACCGGAGCUGCCCGAAAGUAGACGGGCCCAGGAGAGCGGUUAUGAUCCUAGGACCGAACCGCUGUUGCCGGGCGACUGGCGCUGUUCUCUUUGUGGCCGGCCGAAUAUCCGUAGACGGGACGCUUGUGCAUCCAGAAGAUGUCGAGGACGUAGACCAGAGGGCCACACCGGAGAGGAUGCCUACCAAAGGGCAUUGAGGGAGUCGCGGGAGGCGGAUCAAAGAAGGCAAGAGGCGGAAGAUGACGAGCUGGAGCGGGCUCUGGCCGCGUCUCGAGCGGAGAGCCAGCCGUCAAACGAUCUGAUGGGGCCGUCGGCGUACGGCGGCGGCGCCUUCGGCAGCGGCGGAACGAACGGCUUCGGGGGCAGUAGUGCCCGCGCGGCGUCGCCCGGCCUCGGCGGCGGCCUCUACGGCGGCGCCUUUAGCAGUGAUAGCGGAACGGGAGCCUUCAGCGCCUUCGCCGCGCCGGCGGACGGCGGCUUCCGCGGAGGCGCCUUUGGCGGUCCCACAAACGGCGCAUUCGCCGCUGCCGCGCCCGCGGCCGACGCCGGCGCCGGCCGCGUCUCCGUCGGCGCCCGCGCCCGCGCCCGCGCCGCAGCGCGCGCCGACGGCGCCGCCGCCCAACAAACGACGCCCGAGGCGAGCCGCCUCCUCGCCGCGGCCCAGCAGCCCUCAACCGUGUCGCCGACGGCAUCAGCAAGAGCGCUCGCCAGCCAGCCGCCGCCAUCCUCCACGGGCUGGGUCGCGUUGCAAGACCCGUCUUCCGGAAGAACGUACUACGAACAUGCGGGUCGUGGUUUGACGACAUGGGACCGGCCCGCGGAGCUCGAGGACGACGACGCGGACUUGCGCGCGGCGCUGGCGGCAUCUGCUGCCCAGCCGCCGCCUGUGGAUGAAGAUGCUGAAUUGCGAGCGGCGUUGGCUUUGAGUGCGCGCGAGCGGCCUCCCGCACCACCCGCGAUGGACGACGACGCGGAAUUGCGGGCCGUCCUGGCUUUAUCCGCGCGGGAGGCCUCCCAGCAACCGGUGCACCAGGACGACGAUCUGGCGCGGGCGCUGGCGGCGUCGCUCCGGGAGACGCGGCGGCCGGCGACGGACAUCUCUUCCGUGCUCGCGGCGGCGGGUUUAUCAAGGCACCUGCCUUUAUUUAGACGGGAGGAGAUCGAGUCCGUCGAGGAUUUGAGAUAUCUGUCCGUCGACGACUUCGUCGCCAUCGGGCUCGAGCGGGCCGAGGCCCAGGACCUGUCGCGCAUGUGCGCGACGGUGGCGGUCUAGGGGUUGUGCUGUUGAUUUCUAUCGUCGGGCGUAAGGUUUGUCGAUUGA